CGAGAAUUCUAGGCUCCCAUUGGCCGCAUCUUUAGGGGCGGGGUUUGUAAAGAGCCUUGUGCUAGGGAAUGUUUGUCCGCAUUCUCAAACUGAGUUACCGCUGCUUGGACGCGAUCAUAUCGGCAAUCUGUCGCGGUCCUCAACAAAUUCUUGCUCCGGAGAACGCCAGGCAUUAUCCUGCAGCGGGACUGUAUCGGCGCAAUGAUGAACAGGAACGGAAUGGUCACCAAGAUUCGCACGCGGAUAAGGACCGACCACUUCAAGAACAACUAUGACCUGGUCGGCAAAGAGCUUGGCAGGGGCAAGUUUGCAGUAGUGAAGAAGUGUGUGGAGAAGACCACUGGCAAGGAGCACGCUGCGAAGUUCCUGCGGAAAAGGCGGAAGGGUCAGGAUUGCCGCGGCGACAUUCUGAACGAGAUCGCGGUGUUGGAGUCAGCCGAGGCCAGUCCCUAUGUGGUGGCGCUGCACGAGGUCUAUGAGACCACCACAGAGAUCAUCCUCGUAUUAGAGUGUGCUGCCGGAGGUGAAAUCUUUAACCAGUGUGUUGCCGAUAAUGACGAGGCCUUUACAGAGAAAGACGUUGUUCGAUUGGCCAGGCAGAUUCUGAUGGGCGUGGCCUGUCUCCAUCAAAACAAUGUAGUUCAUUUGGACCUUAAGCCUCAGAACAUCCUGUUGACGAGUGCUCAGCCGCUGGGUGACAUCCGUAUCGUCGACUUCGGCUUGUCUCGGCGGGUGGACAGUGUGUCAGAGGUACGGGAGAUCCUGGGCACUCCUGAGUAUGUGGCCCCUGAGGUCCUGGACUAUGAGCCCAUCAGCACAGCUACUGACAUGUGGAGCAUUGGGGUGCUGAUUUACGUGAUGCUCACAGGCGAGUCGCCUUUUCUGGGAGAAGAAAAGCAGGAGACUUUCCUGAACGUCUCCCAGGUCAAUGUGGACUACUCUCAAGAUGUCUUUCAGGGCAUCUCUGACCUCGCUGUAAAUUUCAUCCAGUCCCUGCUCAUCAAAAAUCCCAGAAAACGAGCAACAGUGGAACAGUGUCUAAAUCAUCCUUGGUUAAGGCUGGACUCUCAUCACCACGCUGUGGAAGCCCCUCUAGAUGAGCAAGAAGCCAGUCAAUCCGAAUCGGAGCCUGAGAGCCCCAUCCCUUCCCCAGAACUUGUCGUCGUCAUCCCUUCAUAUGUCACCUGCCCAGGCCAGGGCGAGAUGAAGACUGGACGGGACACUUUCAGUUUCACAGAACCGUUUCCACCUCGUCCCGAGAUACAACAAGAGCUCAUCUGUUAAGCGAUAGACUUGAUCAAUCAGAGGGACCGAAAGACUAAACCUGCCAGACUGGUGUGGCCUAGUUUGGACUGGACAGCAGCGGUCUACUCAUUUGUAUGUGCUUGUGAAGUCUUUUUGUCGUCUUGUGUGGGACACUGAGCCGUCCUGGUCUGUGAAUGUGAGUUGACCUCCCUUCUGACCAUAAAGGUGUGCAAGUGUCUACAAUGGAUCUGAAUGAGAUUUUUUUUUUUUUAAGCCCCUCAAUAAAGCAUUCUUAAGCUCUUGGUUGAUGUUCUUAACCCCUCAAUGGAUUGUUUGUACUUUUAGAGGGAAUUGAACCUUCUCUGCUGUCUGUACUCGGUCCAAAACUCAAGUCGGAGUCUCCCCAGGAAGUGCCUGCUGCAUUGUAGGAAGGACACGGAAAGUUCUGAUAAAUCGACUGAUGUUUUAAUCAUCAUUGCUCUUCAUUGGACUAACGUAUCAUGUAAAAUAUUAUGAAGAACUGAUCCUGACGCUUUCUGCAGUACAGUGGACUUAUCAUCAUUCUGCUUGUUGAGAAGUGGCACCUGCAUUUUAAUGAGCUGAUUCACAGAGACUACUUUUGUUCUAGCACUUUUGGUGGGAAUACAUUUAUAGUCAAAACUCCCAACAAGCACAUUUAAGUAGUUCAACAUAGCAUGGCCACGCAUAGCCAUUGUUUGUUUGGUUUCUCACACCAUUUCUGUACCACUUUUUCCUCGUUCUUAUUCAUAACAAGUUUGCUGUAAUUGCACAAAUGUCUUGUACAGUUGUUGUUGUUGUUGUUGUUGUUGUUGUUGUUGUUGUUGUUUUCAAGAGGUGUUCUUGCCUUCAUGUAAUAUAUUCUGUAAUAUAUGUUUUUAUGUCCAGUGAGGCAUCAUGGGUAUCUAGAGGUAAAUUUUCCAAGUCGUCAGUGAUGUGGGCCGCUCAAGUCUUCUGAGGUUUGAGCGUUUCAGACAGUUGUGGGAGAUGUUUGUAUUUUCAGGAGAUCAGAGCACAGCAAAACAAAAGGCUUUGAUAAUUGUAUAUUUUUAUUUUAAAAAAAGAAUGUUAAAAGUAUUUUUCUACAGUUGUGGUAUUUUAUGAUUUAAUGUGAGAAAAUAAAUUGUAAUAUUAAUUUAGAUUAUUUUUUAACCAGUUGUGCUUAUAAGAGUUUGCACUUGCGUCCAGUUCGGACUACUUAUGUAUUGUUGGCAUGCCUGGCAAAAUAUUGAAGAAAAUAAAUGAUCUUUUUGUAUUAAA